AUGGCAGAGAUAGCGAGGAACACAAAGCUUUUAUUUUUCAACACGACGUUGAAACGGCCGACUCUCUUCACCGGGCGCAACGACACCACCCAUAACCUCCUCAAGACAAAGAUGUUCCCGCAGCGACGGACUUCAACCACGUUGUUGCGGGCGCUCAGCCCUGAGAGAGUGCACCGUUACCUGACUACCUACCACCCCCUUUCUUCCCCCCUGCUCAUCCGCAAGGGAUGGGGAAUGAACUUUUGA